GCGGUCUGUUUGGCCCGUGGAGACACUCUCCACCGUUCCCCACUUUGUCUGCGCCCUGGGAGGCUGGCCUUUAUAUUCUCCAUCCACGGGCUCCCUUGCUCUUGCUUCGGGUUGGCUUCUGGCAGGGGGAUGGGGUGGGGACCAGAGGCCUGGAGGGGAUCGCUGUUGGGGGUUUAUCCCUCAGUCCCUCCUUGCUAGGCUGCCCCCCGCUCCGGUCUUGCUUCUCCAACAACUUUCUGGAUCCCAGUGUCCCCUCCCGUCCUCCCCCUUCACACCUAGUGGGUAGCGGUGCCCACGACAGCCAGCCCCACGAGCUCCAGCUCGCCUGGUUGGUCCCCAUUAGCCUGUCCAUCCCUAUGUCCCAUUAGCCAGUCCAUCCCUGUGUCCCACUAGCCUGUCCGUCCCUGUUUCCCAUUAGUCUGUCCGUCCCUGUUUCCCAUUAGUCUGUCCGUCCCUGUGUCCCAUUAGCCUGUCCAUCCCUGUGUGAAUGGCCCGCACGCUGCCCCAUCCUCUGUGACGUCAUGGGAAUGAGCCAUCUAUUUCCUGAGAGAUCCGGGCAGAAGAAAUACAGGAUGUGGAAGGGGUUGCUGUCCUUUGAGGACGUGGCUCUGUACUUCACCAGGGAAGAGUGGGACACACUGGACUGGGCUCAGAAGGACCUCUACAGAGACGUGAUGCUGGACAACUACAGAAGCGUGCUCUCCUUGGUAGGAGUUCAGUUUCCCAAACCUGAGGUGAUCUGUCAGCUGGAGCAGUGGGAAGAGCCGUGGAUCCUGGAUCUACCAAGAGCUGGGACUAGGAAGGCUUCCGGUAGUGCUUGCCCAGGUCCUGAAGCCAGAUUCAAGAUGAAAGAGCUAACUCCAAAGCAGAACAUUUCUGAAGAUUUAGAGUCAUGUAAGAUGUCACUGGUAAAGCAGAAAAUGGCCAGGAAACCCUUAGAAAAGUUACUUGAAUGUAACGAAUUUGUGGACAUUUACCGACUUUCACUCCCUACUAUUGGUGAUGAAUGCUGUAAGGACUUCCUUCAAAACCUUAACCUUAUUCAAGAUCGGAAAGCUCGGGCAAGGACAAAGCAGGGCAAAUAUGAUGAGUAUGCAAAACCCUUCCAUCAGAGAUCACUGCUUUUGAGGCAUAAGCGAAUUCUUACAAAUGCGAAAUCUUAUGAAUGCAGCGAAUGUGGAAGAGCCUUCCAGCGUCAGGCAAAUUUUGUUCGACAUCAAAGAAUUCACAGUUCAGAGGAUCCCUUUGAGUGCGACAUAUGUGGGCAGGCCUUCAAACAGAAGUCUGCUCUGAUUGUCCACAAACAGUGUCACUCACAAAAAAAGCCAUAUGAAUGUCAUGACUGUGGAAAGUGUUUCCGUCAGAUGGCGUAUCUUGUUGAACAUAGGAGGAUCCAUACCAAAGAAAAACCCUAUAAAUGUAGCGAAUGUGAAAGAACAUUUAGUCAGAAUUCAACCCUUAUUCGACAUCAGUUAAUCCACAGUGGAGAGAAACCCCAUAAAUGCAUUGAAUGUGGAAAAGCCUUUGGCCGGCAUUCAACCCUUAUGAGCCAUCGACAAAUUCACAAUAAACAGAACACUCACAAAUGCAGUGAAUGUGGUGAAUCCUUUGGUCGGAAUGUAGAUCUCAUUCAGCAUCAAAGAAUCCAUACCAAGGAGGAAUUCUUUGAAUGUAGCGAAUGUGGGAAAACUUUUAGUUUUAAGGCAAAUCUUCAUCGACAUGAGGUCAUUCAUACUGGAGAGAGACCCUACAGAUGUGACAAAUGUGGAAAAUCUUUCAGUUGGCGCACAAGCUUUAUUAAGCAUCAGGGUACUCACAGAGAGCAGAUACCUAUGUGAUAGUAACCAGAAAAGCUACCAUUUAAAGACCAGAACUUAACCACUCUUGCAAAUAUGUGUAACUCAAUUGUUUUAUGAAAAUUAAUAAACAGGAACUGAAAUGGUU